CCUAUUUAUAUUUCGUUGUUUGGUGGUUGUUUUCUGUUGUCAUAGUGAUGCAGCUGUUCACCGCUCUUAUCAUUGAGAAUUUCAUAAUGAAAUGGGACAAGAGUGGAUCUAGAAGAAGCAGAGGAAAUUCAGACUUUGAGGAAUCUCAUCACUUUAUGUCUGUACAUGAUAUGUUCAGAGAAAGUCUUCAGGAACCAACAGAAGAUGAGAUAAUGUUACAAAUCAGUAACAACCAUUAUCUACAAGAGGCUACUCUGGGAUGUGUUGUCACAACAUGAAAGGGAAGUCAAUCUGUCAUUGGGAUUUUAAAGUUUCACAAUAUUGAGGCAUACCAAAGGGAGAUCAGUAGACACGUCUAAGGGAGAUCAAUUUGUCAUCAAUCUAAUAAGAGCUCACUAAUCCCCUUCCAUGCCCAUGAGGACAUGUGAGGACAAAUAGAAAAUGACAACAAUUUAUUGUAGGAAUUCUAACUGAGAUUAGUCUGUGAAUUGAAGAAAGGUUUCUCUGUAUGACUUCAUUAUGAGAAGUCUUUUGGUGUAGACUGUCACAAAGAACUUCACUUUCAACAUUGUGCCAUGGCAUUGAUUUAGUCAUACAUGUAUAUGACAGGGACCCUGUCUUAUUUCUGUGCUAUUUAUGAAAGACUUCUUUAUAAUAUAUACAAGGUUGAAUCCACAGUAUAACUUGUACAUGGUAUAUCUUUUAUAUUACCUCCUCAUUCUCAAUAAUGUUUUUAUUUUUAGACAUAUACCUUAUAUAUUAUGACCUUUUAAUAUGCAUAAAUUUUUUUAACUAUUUAUAUGGAAAGUUAAAUAUACCCAAAAAUCAUGCAUAUGUCAUAGAAAAUUUGCAUGAUAAGAAUAGGCUAGAAUAAAUAUCCACGAGAUCCAUGAACUGUAUUAACAAAAUAUUUAAUUGUUAGUAUUGAAAAUGGCAGGUAAAAAGUUGAACAUAUCAAUUUUUCAAAACUGAAAAAAGGUUGUCAGAAACAUGAAAAGAUGAACAAAAUGAUUGGGCAUUUUAAACCAGAAUUGUUAUACAUACCUUUAUUUGAAGGCUGUAGGAAAGUUACUUUGGUAUUAUUAUU